AUGGCCAGGCCUUACGAAAUGAUUCAUGAGCUAUGGCAUCCUCCUCCAUGGACGGGAGCACCUGUUGAUCGAAACCUCCCCGAGUAUGCCGAUCGCUACACACACUGGGGCUACACCAUCUAUCGGGCCCAUUACAGUCCCGCAUCCGACAAGCAAUGGGAAAUCUUGCUCGAUUGUUUGAAACGUCAAGCUCGGCUUGCACUGGGUUAUUACAGGGAUGAAGACUGGAACGACGAGGUGUUGUGGCAAAAGGAUAGCCACUUACCGCCCAUCCUUUAUACCAAGAGCGAAGAAUACAGGCGCGACGUGAAGCGACUUCAGGACCUGUUUUAUCUCGACACCCGAGAAGAUACCUCGUUUGACAGACUGAGUGUUCGUCAGAUUCGACAAGUCUGCGUUGAUGAUCCGCCUAAACGUGAAAAGACCAUGGCUGGCUAUCGAUUUCGCUACGUGCUCCUCGCCGACAAAGCAGUGUUUGAAGCCAUGGAGAAGGGAGAGUUCAUCAUCAAAGUUGUUGCGUGGAAGAGGAAGGUGAGAAUUGGGGCUGGAUGCGGAUUCCAACAGGCUAUCUCCUUGAAUUUUGGCAUGCUCUUCUGCGCAGGGAGGAUUAUAAUGAUAUCACUCGGUGGAGACACCUGGUGCGCUAUUUGCGGAGUUACGAUUGAGUCACAUGUCAUCAAACUCCGCUUAAUGUGGCCGAGGCGCUUCUCUACGUAUGACCCAGAUGUUGUUUGCGACGCUGACGUCGAGUGGCUUGCUCAAGUGCAUUUACUAGGCUACAACCCCUUAGCAACUACAAGUUCAAAAUUUUAUGUCUCUGAUGAAGCUAUCGUUGGUCGAGGAAUAGAAAUGGCCAACGAGACGAGGACAGAUCCCGCUUUCGCAGGUGUUGACGUUCGUCGUCUACACGUCUAUAGAAACAAGAAGGGUCCCGAAAGAGUGAUACCGUUUCACUGGGAAUGCUACAAGACUUUAGCACUGUAUUUGACCGGAACAUCGGACACCAGAAGAAUUAGAAAAGGUGCUCUUUACAGAGCUUUGGACCGGUUCUCGGUUAUGAGAAACUUCCAGCAACGAGCGGGAUUGAUUGAGUAUAGGUGCCUCUCACUGGACUACGGCGAUGCCAAGGAGGCUCAAAAGGACUACUGGGAAUGUAUUCCUGGACAAGAGUACACAGUCUUCAGUCCCCAGCACCAAGGAAGUAUGAAGGACGAUACCGCCACAUACAUCUCAGGUCCAGAAUUCGAGAAGUCUGCCCAAUGUCACUAUGAGGUCAAAAGAGUUUCAAACUCUCUCACAGCUCUUCCGGAUACAGUCAUAUUUGGUAUUUCGGAGUUCGUUGAUACCAAUAGUCUCAUAAACCUAUUCUGCGCCUCAUCGGAAACAUAUUCAAGCCUGACAGACAACGAUUCGUUUUGGAGAAUGCGCAUCAUUACUCACUUGCCCUACUUCUUUGAGUUACACGAAUACUUAAAGGAGCAAUCUCAAAGUUUAAAGAACAGAGACUUCAGAAGGAUUUUCUUAUGGGCCGAUGCAGCCUCCAAGCCGCGUCCUGGUGUCACUAGAGACAUGUUUCCGGUCGCUAAUCGUCGACGGAUCUGGAAUGUCUGUGGCCAGAUUGGUGAGGUUUAUAACCAAGAACCUCAGCGGAAAGCUGUCACAGAGGGCUAUUUGGCUAGCCGAAUACAUCUCACUGAUGGCUCUGAGCAUACGUAUGGUCAGGAGGGUGAGCAUCUACUCAGAAUGCCAUUUGCUGCAGCAGAAAACAUGACAAUCGUGGGGAUCAAAGGCACUCUAACAGGACAUAAGAGAUGUGGUAUUUCUCCCUUGAUCGAGAAAAUGAGGAUCUUGCACGCCGCUACCAACGGCGGGCAAUUUUCUCGAGGGCCACUUAAACUUCGAGACCAAGAGGUCUCUGGUUGGAAUCCAGUGAACUCUAUGUUCAGAAACCUAAUCUCACCGACAAAUGACCUAAAGCUGAACUUGUGCAACGGUCGUAUUCGUAACUUUGACCGUUGGCACUGCCUCGUUCCACUGAAUACCCUCGUUCUCGCCAACGACACAAACCUGCUAUCGCAGAUACGCAGCAUUUCUGCGUACCUUAUCCGAGACCCGAUCUGCUUCAAUAUCUGGAAUAACCAUUGUUGUGACGUUGGCAACUUACGCGUUACAACAGACGCGGGGACUCGGUACCUUAGAGAUGUGGAUGACGAUGGUUCGAUUUGGCCUGAGCAGCGCUGGGACACGUUCCCCAUAGAUGGUCCAGGUGGUGAGAUGAUCGAAGAAGUUAUAGUCCACCAUGCCUUGUUUCGAGACCCUUCGCCCAAGGCAAUCGAAAUCUGUACAAAUCGGGGCCGUUCAGUAAUUUGGGGCGUGGAUAUGGAACGCGGUGAACACGGGGAGGAAACAAAUAAGCCUUGUCCUCCUAUCCAGAGCCAUAGGCUUCCCACUCAUCUGCGUCCAGACGACGGAUUCGCUAUUGUUGGGUUCGUAAUGGGAUGCGGGAAGGUCUUCGGUCGCUGGCACUCAAAUGAGUAUCAGGGCGAACGAAGUAAAGCACCUGACUGCGAUUCAUCCUCAAGGAGAUUGAAAGACCGUGGUGAGGAUUAUUUAGAUGAGGAAGAUUGCCGGGGGCCUUGGACCAAGGAACAGUAUCAUAGGCGCAAUGAGUCUACUAUACACACAGGCAUGAGCAAGUUUGGCAUCAUCACAAAAAGGGUUGAAGGGGCCUAG